UAUGAUCGCCCGGUUUUGGGUGCCCGGUCCCCGCUGACAUACUCUGCCCCUGGUUUAGAUGCUCACAGUGAUGAAUCAGUCAGCCAGAUCCGUGUGAUGUCCAGGAUCCAGAUCUUCCGCUAAGCCCGGCUGUCCCUAUAGGAUUGCACAUGCCUUUCGCUGCAGGGAGGGGCAACCGGUAACCCGACUAGAACCGCAGAGAGGGGCUCCAAAUAGCAGAGAAGAUAGGGGCAAGCGCCGGUUGGAUAAUAGCCAAAGGAUCGCGAGUGCGCUGAAGGCUGAGGGAGCACGGAAGGUCUGUGCACCGGAGAAGGCUACGAUCAGCCUCGUAUAACUCGAGGCGCUGCUGCAGGUAGCAGUGAAGGAGCUGUGCGGUGCAAGCAGUGCCUGCGCUGCAUCACUCUCUGCUGAGAGCAGCAGUGGAAAACAUCAUCCUGGAAAUUACAAUUGACACUGAGUGUCAAAUCCAUAAUUAAUUUCCCAGCUCGGCAAACGAGUAAUACUUGCUAAACACACCAACUGCGGUAAUGUUCUAGACUUCCUUGUUUCCGUGAGAAGCUAUGUCAAAUAGAUUAGAGAUGUUUCUGGAGGACUGGAAGAAAAUUCCAGAUUCUUCUGUCUGUUGAACAUGGACUAUGAGAUGAAUUAAUUUAUUUUGAAAAACUUCCAAAUGUACAAUACUGUAUGAUCAAGCAAGAAGUCUGAUAUGUUCCCAUUGGCACAUUAAAACCAUCUUGAUCUUUGAAGAUGAGUUCAGAAGAAAAAGGAAUGUCUCCAGCUCACAAAACCACCCCUACGCACAAAAGUGCCUCCUCUUCAUCGUCUUCACAAAGGGACAGUAGACAGGAAGUAGACAAUUGGGAGAUCAUAGAAGGGCUGAAGAUCGGACAUACAAAUGUCCAAAAGCCAGAGAAACAUGAAGGAUUUAUGGUGAAGAAAAGGAAAUGGCCUCUGAAAGGAUGGCACAAGAGGUUCUUUGUGUUGGAAAAUGGCAUACUGAAAUAUUCCAAAUCUCCAAUCGAUACUCAAAAAGGAAAGGUCCACGGGAGUAUUGAUGUUGGCUUGUCUGUCAUGUCAAUUAAGAAGAAAACUCGCAGAAUAGACCUGGACACAGAGGAAAAUAUUUAUCAUCUUAAGGUGAAAUCUCAGGAUACAUUUGAUGCAUGGGUAACAAAGUUACGUCAUCAUAGACUAUACCGCCAGAAUGAAAUUGUGAGGUCUCCAAGAGAUGCCAACUUCCUCAUGUUUCCAUCAACAUCAACUACUGAGUCCUCACCAGCAGCAAAUGUUACAGCUCCUGAGGGAAAGGGACCACAGAACAACUUUUUGUGGCAGCCGUCCGUCCCGUGCAGCAGCCUCCCUGCCACGUGUACCACGGGCCAGAGUAAGGUGGCUGCGUGGCUGCAAGACUCUGAAGAAAUGGACAAGUGUGCAGAAGAUCUAUCACAGUGCCAGUCAAACCUGAUAGAGCUUAGCAAGUUACUUCACAAUCUAGAAAUUCUUCAAAGGACGCAGUCUGCUCCCAACUUCAUUGAUAUGCAGGCUAAUUGUGUAGAUAUGUCAAAGAAAGACAAGCGCGCAGCAAGGAGAUGGAGAACAAAAAGUGUCAGCAAAGAUGCAAAAAUACAACUUCAGGUACCACUAAGUGCAUCAAUGUCUCCUGUUCGCCUUCAUGCCUCUAACCCAAAUCUCUAUGCAGAUGUUGAAUUCCCAAAUCCUCCAAUUCAAGUAGCAGAUGCUCUUGAAAUAGCCUCUGAUUAUACCAAACUGCAAGAGGAGUUCUGUUUAAUGGCACAGAAAGUACAUUCUCUUUUGAAAUCUGCCUAUAACACGAUUGCCAUUGAAAAAGAGAAAAUGAAGCAGAUGGUCUCUGAUCAGGAUUACAGUGGCCACAGUACGCAGAUUGCCUGCCUCAGACACUCACUGUCUCAGGCACUGAACCACAAUUCUGAGCUGAGAAGUCGGUUGAACAGGAUACACUCAGAGUCUGUCAUUUCGGAUCAAGUUGUCAGUGUAAAAAUUAUCCCAAGUCCAAAUGAGGCCCCUGAGCAAAUCCACGUGAGCUUGCCCCUAUCUCAGCAGGCAUCUAAUGAGGGCAAACUCUCUAUGUCAGAAUCUGUGUCAGAAUUUUUUGAUGCACAAGAGGUACUGCUUUCCGCGAGCUCUUCAGAUAAUGAGGCUUCAGAUGAUGAGUCGUACAUCAGUGACGUCAGUGAUAACUUCUCAGAAGACAACACCAGCGUUGCAGAUAGCAUGUCCCGGCAAAUUUUCAACGGGGAGUUAUCUGGUGGUGCAUUUAGGACAGGUCGAAGGACAUCUCUACCUGCUCCAUCUCCUGAUACCAGCAAUAUAAAUCUGUGGAAUAUUUUGAGAAAUAACAUUGGCAAAGACCUGUCCAAAGUCUCCAUGCCUGUGGAACUGAAUGAACCUCUGAAUACAUUGCAGCACCUUUGUGAGGAACUAGAGUAUAGUGAACUAUUGGACAAGGCGGCUGAGACAGACGAUCCCCAUGAACGAAUGGCCCUUAUUGCAGCUUUUGCAGUCUCAGGUUAUGCCUCUACAUACUACCGGGCAGGAAGCAAGCCUUUUAACCCUGUUCUUGGAGAAACAUAUGAAUGUAUAAGAGAGGACAAAGGAUUCCGAUUUUUAUCUGAACAGGUUAGCCAUCACCCCCCAGUUUCUGCCUGUCACUGUGAGUCCAAAAAUUUUGCCUUCUGGCAAGAUAUCAGAUGGAAAAAUAAGUUUUGGGGGAAGUCAAUGGAAAUACUUCCUUUUGGAACUGUGAAUGUUUCAUUACCAAGGUAUGGAGAUUGUUAUGUCUGGAACAAAGUUACAACUUGUAUACAUAACAUCCUCAGUGGAAGGAGGUGGAUAGAACAUUAUGGUGAAAUCACCAUACGGAACACAAAAAACAGUGUUUCUACGUGUAAGAUGACAUUUAUAAAGGGUAAUUAUUGGAGUUCCAAUCCAAAUGAGGUUCAUGGUGUGGUAAUGGAUCAAGAAGGAAAAGUCGUACACCGUCUCUUUGGGAAGUGGCAAGAAGGACUCUAUUGCGGUGAUGCACCAGCAGCAAAAUGCAUCUGGAGACCAGGUUCCAUGCCGGCAGACUAUGAACUCUAUUAUGGCUUCACGAGAUUUGCAAUUGAAUUGAAUGAGUUGGAUCCAUUACUGAAAGAUUUUCUUCCAAAGACCGAUUCAAGAUUUAGGCCAGAUCAGAGGUGGCUAGAAGAAGGAAAUGCUGAAGCAGCAGCUCUAGAAAAACAAAGAAUAGAGGAACUACAGAGAAAUCGUAGGAAGAUAUUGGAGGAAAGCAACAUAGAAUAUACACCAAAAUAUUUCAAGAAGGUUAUCGACGCCCAGCAUAAGGAAACAUGGGUUUUCAAUGAAACCUACUGGGAACUUCGGAAGGACCCUGGAUUUAGCAAACUUGAUUUACCCAACCUUUGGUGAUAUUCCAAUACACAUUUGGUAGCCCUACUAUUCUACCAAGAGAUAACUAUGCACAAUUCAGUUUCAUAUGGCUACGAAACUAUUUUUUUCGGAUGUAGAAACCAUGCCAUUUGCUUUUAUAUUCAUUUUUAAGAAAAAUACAUUUGCUAAAAUAAUAUUAUAUCUUAGAGCUCUAUUCUGAUUGUUUGCUGCAUUUGUACAGUUGUUAAAAAUAGUUCUCUACUCCGGAAUAAGUUUGAUAUUUGCUGCUGAAUGUUUCCCAAGUCAUAUAAUACGCUCACCAACGAUCACAACUGCUUUUUACUGGCAAAGGACAAGAUUUCAUUUCUGCUCAUCAGGCUUGGCAGUGACACAAUUUUAAGAAAAGUACACUUUUUCAAAAAACAAUAAGAAAAA